UGCGUGACGUGACGGGAAAAGGGGGAGUUCGAGGCCGGUGGCGGCGGUGGCGACAGCGGCGACCUGGGGAUCGAGCUGGAGGACCUGGGGAGCGUGCAGAGACCUCUAGCUCAAGCGCGAGGGACCUCCCACCGGGAUGCCUGGGGAGCAGAUGGACCCUACUGGAAGUCAGUUGGAUUCAGAUUUCUCUCAGCAAGAUACUCCUUGCCUGAUAAUUGAAGAUUCUCAGCCUGAAAGCCAGGUUCUAGAAGAUGAUUCUGGUUCUCACUUUGGAAUGCUAUCUCGACACCUUCCUAAUCUGCAGACUCACAAAGAGAACCCUGUAUUGGAUGAUGUGUCAAAUCCUGAACAAACAACUGGAGAAGAACAAGGGGAGAAUAAUAGUGGAUUCAAUGAACGUUUGAGAGAAAACAAGGCUACAGGCUCUAUGGAUUCUUCUCAUUUGGACCCAUGUGAUUCCAUCAGUCAGGUCAUUGAACAGUUACCUCAGCCAAAUAGGACAAGCAGUGUUCUGGGAAUGUCAGUGGAAUCUGCGCCUGCUGUUGGGGGAGAGAAGGAAGAAGAGCUGGAAGAGAAGGAGAAAGAGGAGAAGGAAGAAGAUACUUCGAAUGAUACACAUUCCCUUGGUGCUGAAGAUCCUGGGUCAUCACAGUUGGGCUUUGGGGUUCUGGAACUGUCCCAGAGCCAGGAUGUCGAAGAACAUACUGUGCCAUAUGAAGUGAACAAAGAACAUCUACAGUCAGUGACAACCAACUCUGAUGUGGAUGCUAAUAAUGCAAUUAAGCACGAAGAGCAGUCCAGUGAUGAUAUCCCCAUGACAGAACAGCCCAGCAAGAACACCCCUGUGACAUCCAUGCCCAGUAAGGAUGUACAUGUGGUAGAAGAGCAAAAUCUUCAACCUGCAAGGUCUGAGGACUCACCUUCUAGUACCAAAAUGUCUCUUGCUGCUGUGGAAGCAAAAGAACCAGUGAAUGCCCAAGAGCUUCUGGAAGAUGGACUACAAAGUCAGAAAUCACCAAAGCCUGAGAUUUUGUCAACUCAGGAAGACUUGUUUGAUCAGAGCAAUAAAACAGUAGCUUCUGAUGGUUGCUCUACUCCUUCAAGGGAGGAAGGUGGGUGUUCUCUGGCCUCUACACCUGCCACCACCCUGCACCUCCUGCAGCUUUCUGGUCAGAGGUCCCUUGUUCAAGAGAGUCUUUCCACGAAUUCCUCCGAUCUUGUUGCUCCUUCCCCUGAUGCUUUCCGAUCCACCCCGUUUAUUGUUCCUACCAGUCCCACAGAGCAAGGAGGGAGAAGAGAUGACCAGCCAAUAGACAUGUCAAUGUUAUCUGAAGGAGGAGGAGAGCCUUUUCAGAAGAAACUCCAAGAUGAUGAACAAAUGGAGCGAGAAAACCCCCCUGUCCCACUUGAGCCCACUGUAUCACCACAAGUCUCAACACCAGUAUCUCAGAGCACACCAGUCUUCACUCCUGGGUCACUUCCGAUCCCAUCCCAGCCUGAGUUUUCUCAUGACAUUUUCAUUCCAUCACCAAGUUUGGAAGAACAAUCUAAUGAUGGCAAGAAAGGUGUAGAUUUGCAUAAUUCAUCUUUGACUGUUGAGUGUUCUAAAACUUCAGAGAUUGAACCAAAGAAUUCCACUGAAGAUCUUGGGCUAUCUUUGACAGGGGAUUCUUGCAAGUUAAUGCUUUCUGCAAGUGAGUAUAGUCAGUCUCCAAAGCCAGAGAGCUUGAGUCCUCAAAGGAUGGAUGAAGAUGGAGAAAACGCACAGAUUGAAGACACUGAACCUGUAUCACCAGUUCUCAACUCUAAACUUAUUCAUGCCGAAAAUGUCCAGAUAAAUCUAGCACAGGAUGGCCAAGUAGAACUGAGUCAGAGUUAUGAUAAAACAAAGAACGAUAACACAGAGACCAGAGACGACAUUAAUAUUUUAGCCACGGAUUGCAAAGGCAGAGAAGAAACUGUAGCAGAAGAUGUUUGUAUUGAUCUCACUUGUGAUUCAGGGAGUCAGGCGGUUCCUUCUCCAGCUACUCGAUCUGAGGCACUCUCUAGUGUGUUAGAUCAGGAGGAAGCUAUGGAAAUUAAAGAACACCAUCCAGAGGAGGGAUCUUCAGGGUCUGAGGUGGAAGAAAUCCCUGAAACUCCCUGUGAAAGUCAAGGAGAGGAAGCCAAAGAAGAACAUAUGAAAAGCAUCCCGCUGCACCUUUCCCUGACUGAAGCUCAUUCCCCAGGGUUGUGUCUUAAAAAGGAAAUUCCAAAACAAGAAUGUCCAGAAGCUAUGGAAGUUGAAACCACUGUGAUUAGUAUUGAUUCUCCUCCAAAGCUGCCAGUACUUGACCAAGAAUUGGAACAGAAGGAUCAGGAAGCUUGGGAAGAAGCAACUUCAGAGGACUCAAGUGUUGUCAUUGUAGAUGUGAAGGAGCCAUCUCCCAGAGUUGAUGUUUCUUGUGAACCUUUGGAGGGAUUGGAAAAAUGUUCAGAUUCGCAGUCAUGGGAGGAUGUUGCUCCAGAAAUAGAGCCAUGUGCUGAGAGUAGAUUAGAUACCCAGGAAGAAAAAAGUAUAGACUAUGAAGGCAAUGUGAAAUCAAUGACUACAGAGAAAGAACGGAUAGAGAAAGACUCUCCUCAGUCUCCCUUGCCUUUAGUGAGAGCUGAUGAUCUUCCAAGUCCUGACCAGGAGCUGCAUCAGCCCCAGCCUCAAGAGAAAACAGAUCACUCAUUAACAGAAGAUUCAAAAGUGGUUAAUACAAAGCAGCUAGGCUCAGGUGGAAUGGCUCAGUGCCUGGAGAAGGUCUCUGCUCAUACGUCACAAAGCUUCUGUGAAAGUUCUAGUGACACUCCAUUUCAUUUCACUUUGCCUAAAGAAGGUGAUAUUAUCCCACCAUUGACUGGUGCAACUCCACCUCUUAUUGGGCACCUAAAGUUGGAGCCCAAAAGACACAGUACUCCUAUUGGUAUCAGCAACUAUCCAGAAAGCACCGUAGCAACCAGUGAUGUCAUGUCUGAAAGCAUGGUGGAGACCAAUGAUCCCAUACUUGGGAGUGAAAAAGGGGGUUCUGAGGCUGCCCCAGAAGAAGAUGAUAAAUUGUGUCUAAGAAUGAAACUGGUCAGUCCUGAAACUGAGGCGAGUGAAGAGUCUUUGCAGUUUAGUCUGGAAAAGCCUGUAACGGGUGAAAGAAAAAAUGGAUCUACUGCUGUUGCUGAGGCUGUUGCCAGUCCCCAGAAGAGCACAUCCGAGGUCCAGGUGUCUAGCUGCAUCUGCAAAGCCCAGCAAGAGGAUGAGGCUCAAAGUGAGAAUUCCACAUCCAUCAGGGGAAACUCACUCCCUUUUCCAAGUAACCAAGAAGGUGAGAAAGAAAAAUUAGAGGACCACAGGAUCUUACAGAGUCAGAAGUCUACAAAGCCCAUUAGUCCUGUCAAGAACCUUGCUACUCCUCUCUCUCAGCGUAUGGCCACACAGGGGUCAUCCAGUCCUCAAGAAGAAGCAAUGGAGACAGAUGUGCCAGAAGAACCGAAAACCAAUCAGGACAAACUUAGUAAGGCCUUAAUUGAAAGGCCUAGCCAAAACAAUGUAGGAAUCCAGACUUUGGAGCGUUGCCUAUGGGUCCCAGAAACUGUUUCAGCAGCAACCCAGACUGUAAAGGAUGUGUGUGAGCAAGGGACGAGUACAGUGGACCAGAAUGCUGGAAAACAGGAUGCCACAGUUCAGACUGAGAAGGGGAGUGGUGAGAAACCAGUCAGUGCUCCCGGGGAUGAUACAGAGUCGCUCCAUAGCCAGGGAGAAGAAGAAUUUGAUAUGCCUCAGCCUCCCCAUGGCCACGUCUUACAUCGCCACAUGAGAACAAUCCGAGAAGUGCGCACACUUGUCACUCGUGUUAUUACAGAUGUGUAUUAUGUGGAUGGAACAGAAGUAGAAAGAAAAGUAACUGAGGAGACUGAAGAGCCAAUUGUAGAAUGUCAGGAGUGUGAAACUGAAGUUUCCCCUUCACAGACUGGGGGCUCCUCAGGUGACCUGGGGGAUAUCAGCUCCUUCUCCUCCAAAGCAUCCAGCUUACACCGCACGUCAAGUGGGACGAGUCUCUCAGCCAUGCACAGCAGUGGCAGCUCAGGGAGAGGAGCCGGACCACCCAAAGGGAAAGCCAGCGGGACAGAACCCGCAGAUUUUGCCUUACCCAGCUCCCGAGGAGGCCCAGGAAAACUGAGUCCUAGAAAAGGGGUCAGUCAGACAGGGGCGCCAGUGUGUGAGGAGGAUGGUGAUGCAGGCCUUGGCAUCAGACAGGGAGGGAAGGCUCCAGUCACACCUCGUGGGCGCGGGCGAAGGGGCCGCCCGCCUUCUCGGACCACUGGAACCAGAGAAACAGCUGUAUCUGGCCCCUUGGGCAUAGAGGACAUUUCGCCCAGCAUGUCACCAGAUGAUAAAUCAUUCACCCGUAUUGUGCCCCGAGUGCCAGACUCCACCAGGCGAGCAGACAUGAGUACUGGUGCUUUGCGUCGCAGCGACUCUCCAGAAAUUCCUUUCCAGGCUGCUGCUGCCCCCUCCGAUGGCUUAGAUACCUCCUCUCCAGGGAACAGCUUUGUGGGCCUCCGGGUUGUAGCCAAAUGGUCAUCCAAUGGCUAUUUUUACUCUGGGAAGAUUACACGAGAUGUUGGAGCUGGAAAGUACAAAUUGCUCUUUGAUGAUGGCUAUGAGUGUGACGUACUGGGCAAAGACAUUCUCUUGUGUGACCCUAUCCCAUUGGAUACUGAAGUGACAGCUCUCUCAGAAGAUGAAUAUUUCAGUGCAGGAGUGGUGAAAGGGCAUAGAAAGGAGUCCGGGGAACUGUAUUACAGCAUUGAGAAAGAAGGCCAAAGGAAGUGGUAUAAACGAAUGGCUGUCAUCCUGUCCUUGGAGCAAGGAAACAGAUUGAGAGAGCAGUAUGGGCUCGGCCCGUAUGAGGCAGUCACGCCGCUCACAAAGGCAGCAGAUAUCAGCUUAGAUAAUUUGGUUGAAGGGAAGCGGAAACGGCGCAGUAAUAUCAGCUCCCCAGCCACCCCUACUGCCUCCAGCAGCAGCAGCAGCACAACCCCUACUCGUAAGAUCACAGAAAGUCCCCGUGCCUCCACGGGCGUUCCCUCAGGCAAAAGAAAACUUAUCACUUCUGAAGAGGAGAGGUCUCCUGCCAAGAGAGGCCGCAAGUCUGCAGCUGUGAAGCCUGGAGCAGUGGGGGCAGGAGAGUUUGUGAGCCCCUGCGAGAGUGGAGACAACACAGGUGAACCUUCUGCCCUGGAAGAGCAGAGAGGGCCUUUGCCCCUCAACAAGACUUUGUUUCUGGGCUAUGCUUUUCUUCUCACCAUGGCUACAACCAGUGACAAGUUGGCCAGCCGCUCCAAAUUGCCAGAUGGGCCUACAGGAAGCAGUGAGGAGGAGGAAGAAUUUUUAGAGAUUCCUCCUUUCAACAAGCAGUACACAGAAUCUCAGCUUCGAGCAGGAGCUGGCUAUAUCCUUGAAGAUUUCAAUGAAGCCCAGUGUAAUACAGCCUACCAGUGUCUCCUAAUUGCUGAUCAGCAUUGUCGAACCCGGAAGUACUUCCUGUGCCUUGCCAGUGGGAUUCCUUGUGUUUCUCAUGUCUGGGUCCAUGACAGCUGUCAUGCCAACCAGCUCCAGAAUUACCGAAAUUACCUGUUGCCAGCUGGAUACAGCCUUGAGGAACAAAGAAUCCUGGAUUGGCAACCACGUGAAAACCCUUUCCAGAAUCUCAAGGUACUCUUGGUAUCAGACCAGCAGCAGAACUUCCUGGAGCUGUGGUCGGAGAUCCUCAUGACUGGGGGGGCAGCCUCUGUGAAGCAGCACCAUUCAAGUGCCCAUAACAAAGAUAUUGCUUUAGGCGUGUUUGAUGUGGUGGUGACGGACCCCUCGUGCCCAUCCUCGGUGCUCAAGUGUGCUGAAGCAUUGCAGCUGCCUGUGGUGUCACAAGAGUGGGUGAUCCAGUGCCUCAUUGUUGGGGAGAGAAUUGGAUUCAAGCAGCAUCCAAAAUAUAAACAUGAUUAUGUUUCCCACUAAAGAUACUUGGUCUAACUGGUUUUAUCCCUGCUAUUGUGGAGAUUGUGUUUUAACCAGGUUUUAAAUGUGUCUUGUGUGUAACUGGAUUCCUUGCAUGGAUCUUGUAUAUAGUUUUAUCUGCUGGACUUUUAUGAAAAUAAAUGUUGAAUCUCUUUGGUUGUAGUAACUGG